AUGUGUGAUUUCCUCCAAUUUUCUUACCCUGACGCUCUAGAAUCGGACUAUCCGUGCUCGGCGCGUUGCGAUAUCUCGCACUCUACGGGCACGGCCAACGCAGUGAUCGCGAUCAUUCACGUCUACUUCCUCUUCUACAAUAGCAUUCGUGCCAAGGGCAUUACCGUUAUGUGGCUAUGUAUCGACGCCACGCUGCUCUUUAACCAGUAUAUCAACCCUAUUGUGCUGGACAAUAUCGGCUGGAAAUACUACAUUUCUACUCCGCCAAAACUCUCAAAAAGCGCUAAGCAUGCGUUGAUUGUCUCACAUCUCCAGUCCACGCGGACAUGCCACACGCUUAAAGACCUGGAGAAGAUGUUACCCUCCGUGGCCUCCAUUAACGGCAUGCAGGUCAAGGAGUAUGUGCAAGAGCUGGUGGACGAGGGUAAGAUCCGGAUGGAGAAAAUCGGCAGUGGGAAUUGGUAUUGGUGCUUCGCUGGGGAGGAGAAGAAAGAGCGAGAGCGACGACUGGAACAGCUACGGAAGGAAGUGGAUCAUGCACAAGCCAGUUACGACAAGGCACAGGCGAGUUUAGCGUCGCGCAAGCAACAGUGGGAGCGGGAGGACGCGGAUGACCAGGAAUGGCAAAAGGCAGUACAAGAGAAGGAGGCAUUGGAACAGGAGUGUCAGCAGCUGCGGACGGAAUGGGCGGCGGCAGUGUCAACCAUGGAAGGAGGCAAGGGGAUUCAGGAGAUAAAGGAGGAGACGCAGGCAUUCCGGGAACAGGCCCAGAUGUGGACGGACAACAUCUAUGUGCUGGAGCAGUACCUUUGCAAAUUGGCCGGAGGAGAUCGGGAGAUCAUCACGGCGAUCCAGCAAGAGUGUUAUGGUGAGGAGUACGUGGAGGGCGAGGGAUUGCGAGAAUUAGAAUAA